AUGAAUCCGUAUCAACAACCAGGUUAUCCAGGAUACCCACCACAAUAUCCACAACCACCAAUGCAACCCGGAAUGCCCAUGCAACCAGGUAUGGUUCCACCUCAAGGUUAUCCUCCCAUGCAACCUGGAAUGGUUCCAAUGGGUCAACCUCCAAUGAUGCCUAUGGGUCAACCUCCUAUGGUCCCAAUGGGACAACCAGGUUACUAUGCUCAACCUCCACCAACUGGUUAUGUUCAACCACCAGUGAAUUAUACCACUACGACCAGUUAUGCUUAUCCACCAGGUCAUAGCGGAUAUCAUCAUUAUCAUCAUGGAAAGAAGAUGAAGUUUGGUAAAAAGAUGAAAUUCGGAAAGAAGAUGAAAUUUGGCAAGUUUGGAAAGAAGUGGUUUUAA